AAUAUUGAUUUUAUUUUUUAUUCUAGAAUAUGUUUUUGUCUCAGUUAAAUAUAAGUCCAUGGAAUCAGGAAACUUGGCCGUUACAAGUUUAUCCUCGUACUCUUUCUGUUCUUGCACAAAUAUUGAUGUUAAGACAACAGAGAGAGAAAGAUGAUUUGAGAAGUGAAAGUGAACAAACAUGUGUUUUAAUAUGGCAGAAAUUACUGUACACAAUAAAAAAAGCUAUAUUAUCAACAUCUCAAUUUACUGAAGAAGGAGAAGAUAUUAACGUUGAACAUGCUCAAUUAAUGCUUUUUCUUUUCCACAACAUUCAAUUGAUGCAAAAGAAACAUAUAUUAUUGCUGACAGCCCAAACAAUAAUUGAUGUUGCUGUAGUAGUUCAAAGUUGCAUGAAAGAUUUUCAAAUAUUGUAUUUAGCAAGAUUACUGUUGUUGUUUGAAUAUAUGAUGAAGAAUCUUUAUGAUGCUCCACCAUCCCUAAUUGAACAAAUUCAAAAAAAUUUAUUUACUAUUCAAAAUCUGAGCAUAUCUUCAGAAAAAGAUAAUACAAAAAGAAUGUGUAAAACUUAUUUCUCUUGUAAAGAUGUGGAAGAUAACUAUGUUAAAAAUCUGUCAAGUGAUGAACUUCAAAGUAAGUUUUGAGUAAAUUAAAUGUAUUUAAAAUUACAUGUA